AUGACUUCCAAUCCUUUAGCUGUUAUCGAUAUAAGCAAACCACAAGAAGAAAUAACACCAGGUUUAUUAGCUGCGGCUAUAAAACAAGGGUUUCUUUUUGUUGACGGUCAUGGAAUUCCAAAAGAUCAGGUUGAUAAACUAUUUGAACUAUCGAAAGAAUAUUUCACUACCACUCCGGAAAAAGAAAAACUUAAAUAUUUAAUUAAUCCAGAUAAUAACAUCGGCUAUACUCAUUUUGGUUCCGAACAAUUAGAUCCAAGAAAAACUAAAGAUUUUAAGGAAGGUUAUAAUUUUGGCUAUAUUGAUUUUGAAACAGGUGAGUUUAACCAAUCAAAACAAGAUUAUUAUCGUAGCAAAAACAAAGAUAUUAAAGAAGAUGUUCAAAAUCCAAUUCCUCCAUAUUUUAAACAAAACUCUCAACUUUUAUCCGAUACCAUGAUCAGAUUACAUCAAAUUGCUCGAGAAAUCAUGAAACUAAUUGCCAUAUCUUUAAAUAUUGAAAAUCAACAGUUUUUUACUGAAAAAUUAAGACCCAAGGAGCCAAAUGGUUCCAUUUUCCGAAUCUUGCGUUAUCCAUUGAUCAGAAAUGACGGUAAUGAUAUUACUUCUACCGAUGAAGAUUUGUUAUCUAUUAGAGCAGGCGCACAUACCGAUUAUGGUGCUUUGACACUGUUAUUUCAGAAGGAAGCACAACAAGGCCUACAACUACAAUUAGACGAAGACAAUCCAGAUGAGUGGCUCAAUGUUCCAUAUAUUAAGUCAGCCCACAAAGAUAUGGCUGCACCAUUAGUUGUUAACUUUGGUGAUUUAUUAAACUUCUGGACUCAAGGUGUUUUAAAAAGCACAACGCAUAGAGUUAAAUUUUCACCAGGAGAAACUAGAAAUAGUGAUCGUUAUAGUAUUGUGUUUUUUGUUCAUCCAGAAAAUGAUGCUCGUUUGGAACCUGUUCCAAGCGAUAUUGUUAGGAAAGCUGCUAAUGGUGAGGAUAUACCUCAAAUAACAGCAUUAGAACAUUUACAACAAAGAUUAAAGGAAACAUAUAAUUGGUGA